AUGGCAUAUUCGACCAAUUCACUUAAAUCAACGUUAUUAAUAAUAGUGAUAAUAGCAACAAUUUUAAACAUAACGGAAUCAAAACCACUUAAAUAUAGUCAAAGAAAAAUUGAAGUUUUACGUAACUUUAAACGUGUUUUCAAACCUUCUUCCGACGCAGAAUGGAGUAAUUGGGCUGGGAAUGUUGUUGUCAAACCUGAAUUUAUAUUUUAUCCAACUUCAGUCGAUGAUAUUAAAGAUAUUGUAAAGAAUGCAAAAGAAAAUGGAAAGAAAGUUCGAUGUGCCGCUGAAGGACAUUCAUGGAGUUCGUUAGCAUUAACUAAAGAUUAUCUGAUUGUUGUAAAAAAUUUAACGAAUGUCAAGGUGCAACAGAACGAAAAAUACGGAUGGACUGUGACUGCCGAAGCUGGUGCAACAAUUAAACAAAUUGAUGACACACUUCGAAAUCAUGAUCCCCCGCUAACCAUAGAAUCGAUGACUGUAUUAAAUUCCGUCCGAGCUGCGGGUGUAGUAGCAACUGGCUCCCACGGUGCAAAAUUUGAAGGGAGAAGUAUUCCUGACAACGUUGUGGCAUUACAAAUUGUUACUGGUGAUGGGGAAUUACAUGAGUUUACUGAGGAGAAGAAUCCAGAUGAUAUGAAUGCGGCAAGGAUUAAUUUAGGAUUACUUGGCGUUAUUUAUACUGUUACUUUUCGCGUCGUACCAAUGUAUAAUCUUCGAAUGAUUGACUCAUUUCCGCUGGCAAAGGAAUGGAUCAAACCAGAAAAUUUCAAGAAAUUAGUAGAAACAUCUGAUGGAAUAGAAAUUUUUUACUGGCCAUUUAAUCAGGGCAAGCUUGACACUUCAAAUGAUGUACUAUGGGUAAAACAAUGGGUGAGAACAAAUGACACUCCAACAUUCACGCAACAAGACCUCGAGAAACAACGUCAAUUGGAAGAAAGUUCCUCCAAAUUUGCUAAAUCCAUAUAUGAUCUCAUGCUCUUAUCACCGGAAUUCACGCCAGCACUUACUGGUUUUUUAUGGAAUUUAAGCAGAUAUCCGAGCAAUGCAGUUUAUCAAGCUCCAGAUGCGAUCCAUUACCAGGCUGGUAUUGAUAAUAUACCAGUUGAUGAUCUAGAAUUUUCCUACAAGCUUGAGAAGAAUUAUACAACGGUGGCUGAUGAAUUCAAUUAUUUAUUUCAAAGGAGUGUAGAUUACGCAAAACAAGGAAAAUUUCCAAUGACAAUUGCCGAGAUAAGAAUUAUCAAAUCUUCACCAUUAUGGUUAGCCACUGUCCACGACGAAGACCCAGACGCGGUAUAUGGUGCUAUUGAGAUUCUUGGUAUCAAUAAUAAUCCUAGUUGGAAUGAAUUUGCUAAUGAAGUAGGAAAGCGAUGGAUGGACAAAUAUCAAGCAAGACCACAUUGGGCUAAAAAUUGGGAACCGGUUCCAGGAAUAAAACCAUAUCUACACAACUUAUUAGGCGAUCGUAUUCUUAAAUUUGAAAACGUACGAAAAAAAUAUGAUCCUAAUAACACUUUCUUCGAUAAUGAUUCAUUGAAACAAGUCUUUUAUGGAUCUUGA